GGAGUUUCAUCAGUCUUGUCAGUUUUUCUGUUCACUGCUCUUCAACUUCCUUGUUUGCCUCUGAGAAGCAUUUCCUCUUUCUCUCACUGAUGUGGCUGUUCGUCGGGGCACAGCUUCGAAUAAGUCUGCUGUGUUGAGCCGACAAACAGUAAAAUCUGCAGUUUACGCAGUGACAUGAGUGCAGUCUGUUGACCUGUCUUCAGUUUUUAAGACGUUUGUCGUGCUGGGCCGUGGAGCUUCUGCAGGACUGCCUCCACGUGUCCCUCCAUGUGUGUGUUUUACAUGACGAUGUGCGUAUGAGAGAGCAGGAAGAAGGAGUGAAAUGUGUGUGUGUAGGUGUGAAAGCAAUGUAUGUCUAUAACCAGUGAGCGUAACACGCCGUGCUGAGUCUGUGUGCGUGAUGUCGGGAGACACCAGCACCCUGUCCUGGAGGAGCAUGUCUCCCACCAGCCAAUCAGAAUCCUCGGACGUGUCUCCCACGACACCUGUCACCAGGGACAACAUCUUCCCGGUGAAGAUCAUCAAAGUGUGUUUCCUCAGCAACAGCUCCAACCUGGGCAAGAACUUCAAACUGGUCCGCUGUGAGGAGGGGUGGACUGUCAGGACUAUCAUGAACAUGGUACUGUCCAGCGGCUGUGUGGGUCCAGACAUCGUAUACAACCUGUGCUACGGGCUCCUCCUCAAACACCUCAAGUCCUCAGUGAUACACUGGCUGCAUCCAGACCUGACUGUGUCUGAACUCACCCAGCGCUACGAGCAGCAGCACCUGGAGGCUGAGUGGAGAUAUGAUCUGAGGAUCAGAUACAUCCCGUUAGACUUCAUGGAGAAAUUCAAAGACGACAGGACGACUAUGCUCUACUUUUACCAGCAGGUACGAAGUGACUACAUGCAGCACUACGCCUCAAAGGUCAGCGAUGGGAUGGCUCUGCAGCUCGGUUGCCUGGAAAUAAGGAGGUUCUACAAAGACAUGAAUCCAAACGGACUGGAGAAAAAGUCUAACUUUGAACUAUUAGAGUGUGUUUGUUUUUACUCCUCCAUCAUUAGGAAGGAUGUGGGGCUGGACCUGUUUUUUCCCCGAGAGCUGAUCAACAGCAUGAAGCCCAAGCAGCUCCGACGGAUGAUCCAGCAGACGUUUCAGGGCUACUCCACCCUGAAGCAGGACGAGUGCAUGACCAGGUUCUUCACCACUGUGGCUCAGUGCUACAGCUACACCCAGGAGAGCUUCGCGUGCCAGCUCGUGCACGGCUGGAAUCUCACAAUAGACCUGGUCAUCGGGCCCGAAGGCAUCAGUCAGCAAACUGAAAACUCCACACCCGUCUGCUUGGCCACGUUCUCUCAGGUGCGCAGCAUCUCCUGCUCUGCUGAGGUCGACGGCCGGGCUCUGCUCACUGUACAUAUAGAGGGAGCCAAACAGCCGCUGUCUGUGAACACUUCCUCUCUGGCUGUGGCAGAAAACAUGGCAGACCUGAUUGACGGCCACUGUCGGCUGAAGAGCAACUCCGAGAGCUCGCUCAUUAACCGGCCCAAUAAAGGGCGAAACACAAGACUGAAACUGCCUGACAUCCCGAAACCCGGUGGUCCCAGUGGUUCCAAUAAAGGUUCGGAUAUUUAUGCUGAGAUUCCCGAGGGCACGGCAGACUCUGAAGCGAGGCACAGCAUCUCCAGAGGUGACGUUGUUGUGGGUCGGAUCCUGGGUGAGGGAUUCUUCGGAGAGGUUCACGAAGGCGUUUAUAAAAGCCCAACAGGAGAGAGGAUCAGUGUGGCCAUCAAAACCUGUAAGGACUGUUCAGCUGACGUAAAGGAGAAGUUCCUCAGUGAAGCUGGCUUGAUGAAAAAUCUGGAUCACCCCCACAUUGUGCGACUGAUCGGGGUCAUCGAGGUCGACCCUGUCUGGAUCGUCAUGGAGCUCUAUCAACACGGAGAGUUGGGGAACUAUCUUGUGGAGCAGCAGUACAUCCUGACCAAUGCAACUUUAAUCCUGUACUGUCUACAAAUCUGCAAAGCCUUGGCGUACCUGGAGGGACUGAACAUGGUGCACAGAGAUAUCGCAGUCAGAAAUGUGCUGGUAGCGUCACCUGAAUGUGUCAAGCUCGGUGACUUCGGCCUGUCACGUUACAUUGAUGAACAAGAAUAUUACAAAGCCUCAAUCAGUCGAUUACCAAUCAAAUGGAUGGCACCCGAGUCCAUCAACUUCAGACGCUUCACCACAUCCAGCGAUGUCUGGAUGUUUGGUGUGUGUGUGUGGGAAAUCUUCUCCAUGGCCCAGCAGCCGUUCUUCUGGCUGGAGAACGGGCAGGUGAUCAACCAGCUGGAGUCUGGGAUCCGACUCCCCAAACCACAGCUCUGCCCGCCCAUCCUCUACUCCCUGCUCACCCGCUGCUGGGCCUACGAGCCGAACAGCCGGCCCAGCUUCAGCGAGCUGGUCUGCUCCCUGAGCGAGAUCCACAGGGUGGAGUUGGAGGAGGAGGUUGGUGCGAGACGAGACAGAUCACGCUCCAUCUCGGCAAAAUAUGGCCCGAACCACACAGAGCCUCCACCCAAGCCAUCCAGACUACAAGGCAACACACUUCCCCGGGCCACACACACACAGGGAGCAAAGAGAGACAGCAGGCCGGCGUGGGAGCAAGAGAGAGCUCAUGUGGAGGACACUUUGCAAAGACAAAGAAGGGAGAUGCUGGUGGACGAACAGUGGCUGGAGCAGGAGGAGAAACAGCUGGAUCCUGCAGUGCGAGUGGAUUCACACAUCAAGCCACCCCCGAAAAGCCCAGAAAAUGGUCCUCCAGUGAAACCUCCGAUGCCUCCAGCGGUCACACAGCCUCGGCCCACAGCUGAGCUGGACCGAUCAGGUGAUCAGGUUUACACCGGCGUCAUGGCGAUGGUGAAGCAGGUGGUGCAGCUGAAGAAUGACGUGAACACGCUGCCCGCCUCCGAGUAUCUCAACGCCGUCAAAGAGCUCGGUGUCACUCUCCGUAACCUGAUAAAAAGCGUGGAUGAGAUCCUGCCCUCUCUGCACAGCUCUGUCACAACGGAGAUCGAGGGCACUAAGAAACUGCUGAACAAAGACUUAGCCGAGCUGAUCAACAAGAUGCGACUGGCCCAGCAGAACGCCAUAACGUCGCUGAAGGAGGAGUGUCAGCGGCAGAUGCUGGCAGCCGCUCACACUUUGGCGCUGGACUCCAAAAAUCUGCUGGAUGCCGUGGACCAGGCUCGAGUCCGGGCCAAUCUGGCUAAGCCCAAAACUGCCUCGGAAGAUGCAGUGGAUUGUGGGGAAUAAGGAGAGAGAGAGAGAGCACACAAACUCAGUGCAGCUCUGUUUCUGCUCAUUCUUUAAUGAAAGAUGUCGUAAUAUAUUUUCUCAUAAAACUCCGAUACUGAGCAUUUCUUGAAGCUGAACAAAUCAAACAAGCAAAACCAAUAAAGUUUUUUCCUUUUUUUAAAAAAUUAUUUUUACCAUUUUUAUUAUUAAAGACAACAUUCUGCACUUUC